GUACCAAAUUUUUUGUGAUGAAAAGUAUUAAUGUUCAUGAAAAUUUGUUAUUUCUUGGACCUGGAUUGUUAAAAGUUUUGGGUGGUGAAGUAGAAGAGAUGAUUAAAGAAUGGAAAGUUGGAAGGCAAUUCAUUACUCGACGUUCUACGGUGUCUGCAAAAAAAAGUGAAGGUGCCGUAAAAGAUGAUGAUGGUCCUCCUCCAUUUGUUCCUUUCAAGAUUAAAAGCUCUGAUUAUCAAUCGUCUCAACAUGUUAAUAAUAAUCAAUCUAAUGAGUCGGUUAGGCCUAAUAACAAGGAUAAAAAAGAUCAUUACGAUAAUAGGCGGGAUAGCCACGAUAAUAGGCGGGAUAAUCACGAUAAUAGGCAUGAUAGCCACGAUAAUAGGCGGGAUAAUCACGAUAAUAGGCGUGAUAAUAAUGAUAAUAGGCGGGAUAAUAAUGAUAAUAGGCGGGAUAAUAAUGAUAAUAGGCGAGACAAUAAUGAUAAUAGGCGAGAUAAUAAUGAUAAUAGGCAGGAUCAAUACAAUAACAGGCAGGAUCAAUACAAUAACAGGCCGGAUCAAUACAAUAACAGGCCGGAUCAAUACAAUAACAGGCCGGAUCAAUAUAAUAAUAGGCCGGAUCAAUACAAUAAUAGGCCGGAUCAAUACAAUAAUAGGCAGGAUCAAUACAAUAAUAGGCCGGAUCAAUAUGAUAAUAGGCGUGAUCAAUAUGAUAAUAGGCGUGGUCAAUAUGAUAAUAGGCGUGGUCAAUAUGAUAAUAGGCAAAAUUCUCGGCGACCAAAUCAAAAUAAUUAUAGUAAUAGAGGACAUCAUCGAGGCAGAGGUGGUCACCAUAAUAAUAAUAAUUCUUAUCAACAAAAUAUAGUAGCAGAUUUUGAUGAUAAUUAUUCUUCUAGUCAAUAUACAAAUACAACUCGUAAUGAGCAUCAAAAUCAUCAUCAUCGUGGACAUGGUAGUAGGAAAUAUGGUAGAGGUAGAAGUGAUUAUCAUAUAUAUAUCAAAGAGCUCAAGAGUUAUAGACCUACACAAGAAAAACCUGGUGCCGAAAGCGGUCUUGUGAAAGAACUUCGGUUGCCACCAGCUCCUCCGCCACCGAAUGUUUCUGAGGAUCUUUCUGAAGAAUUAGCCGCAUAUGAUGCUGAAGAUUUACAUCAUGAAACCGAAAUUUCGUUUGGUUCCUCGUUUGAGGAUCAGAUUUUAAAAGAUGAAGAGGAAGCACCUUCUCACGGUCAUUAA